AUGGCCGAAGUUCCGCCUCCAGCUCCUGCUCCACCAGCUGCAGUAUCAGCGUUGGCCUUGGUUCCGUCUCCGACGCCUCCACCGGGUCCUCUGACUUAUCGUGAGCGAUUAGCACAGUUUCGGAUAAUAGAAGAGAAAAGGAUCGAGCUUAUCGAGGAACUGCUUGACAAGCUUGAAAAGACCGAAGCACGACUUGCACAGACUGAGCUCGAUCUCAACUCGGAGCAAAAUGUUCGUCGAACAUUGCAGGCUGAGGUUCAUGAGGCGAAGACAAGAGAAGACGCGCUCGCACAGAAGCAGGCUAAACGUCCUUUCGUACUGGUGUUGAUCGAUGUAGAUGCGGAAGGCUUCCUCUUCCAGGACAAAUACAUCACAAGAAAGGCUCAAGGUGGCGAGGCUCUGGCCGAUGAGCUACUCAUUCGGACACGGGAGUACUUGAGGCCACACUUCGAAGAUGCAGACAGCUUGGACAUCAUUGUACGAGUGUAUGCCAACCUCGAAGGUUUAGCGAAGUACCUGGUACGGCAGGACAAGAUCAGCAACCUUGGCUCCCUGCGUGCCAUGUCAACAGCGUUCAGUGGACGGAUAGCAAGCUUCGACUUCGUGGAUGUCGGUGUUGGCAAGGAAGGCAGUUCCGGGCGAAAGAUACGAGAGAACCUCUCGUUCUUCACUGCAAACACGCAUUUACGGCACGUCAUCGUUGGCUGCUCGCCUGUUGACUUGCCAGCUGCUCUUUUGUCGACUCUUCCUCUCGAAAAGGUCACAUUGAUCGAGUCUGUUCCACUACCCUCAGCACUUACCACACUGCCUCUGAAGGUGUCCAAAUACUCCACAAUCUUUCCACCUCCACCUCCACCCAAGUCACCGCGACCAACAGGCCGGAACGGGCCACAGCUCCAGCUCAUGCAGCAAGAGGAUGAUAGUGGAGGCCAGACAUGGCUUGUCAUUCAGCCUGAGAGAAGUGACAGCCGUGGUCACCGUGACUCCAAGCGGCGAGGCAGGAGUGAAGACGAAGCAUCCAAUAUCAGCAUCUCGAUCGGUCCAGACAACAGCGUCAGCGUCGACAGCGGUCACAGCAGGCGGGUGAUGAGAUAA